CGGAAUUGACGUUCAGUGGCCGUGGGCGUUAUCACAUGCUCUGCUAUACACGUGUAGAAAGCAAUACGGGGGACAGACGAAGGCAUAACAUGGACAUCGUGCAGGUUGCGAAAGCUGUAGAAGUCCUCCUUGCAUAUAACAAAUCUAAAGAGAAUGUCAAUAAAUUACUCCUAAAUGAAGAAUAUGAUUGGAUUUCCUUAAUGGUGACUGUUUGGAGAAUUCCGAAACACCUACAGACAAUCAGAAUCCCUCUCCCUCAUGGUGUAAGGCCUGAUGCAUGUGAAGUUUGCCUUUUUACUAGAGAUGAGCCAAAUAUGACGGUUGAACAAACAGAAAAUUUCUACAAAAAAAUGCUUGCCCAGCAUGGCAUUACACAGAUAACCAAGGUCAUCCCCUUGAAAAAAAUGAAAAAGGAAUAUAAACCAUAUGAAGCCAAACAACGUUUACUUGGCAGCUUUGACUUGUUUCUUGCUGAUGCAAGAAUCCGUAGACUUCUGCCAUCCCAUAUUGGUAAACAUUUCUACAAGGAGAAGAGAGAGCCUCAAUCUGUGAAUUUAAAGGCUAAACACUUGGCUUCUGAACUCAACCGGUUCAUCCAGGGAACGCAACUUCAUAUCAACAACAGAGGGUGCUGCUAUACAAUACGUAUGGGUCACACAGGAAUGAAAGUGGAAGAUAUUGUUGAAAAUACUCUAGCUGUAGCAAAAGUACUAGAUGAGAAGUUGCCAAUGAAAUGGAAAAACAUUAAGGUCUUGCACCUGAAAACGCAGACAUCUGUGGCUCUGCCUAUUUACAAUUCUCCUAACAAUUUGAAAAAAAUAGACUCAACUAAGACUAUGGACCAUAAUAAAGUGCAAGCUAGGAAGACACCUGGAGACGUUGAAAGUGCAAUCAAGAUUCAAGAGCCAGGACUGAUGGAGUUGGCUAAGAAACAACAAAUGAUUGAUAAAGCUGAAGAAGACUUAAAAGUACCAAGCAGAAAUAAACAAGCCCAUUCUACAAAACGGGGAAUUGAGGAUGGUGAAAGUCAGGAAUCUGCAUUAAACCAUCACAUUCUUAAAAAGACUGCUAUAAAAUCUGCAAUAAAGCUCUCAAAAUCUGUCAGAAAAGUUCCUCUGACUAAAAACUUGAACAAAAAAAAUUGAAUAUUCUACAGUAUUCAGAUCUUGCUGAGCUAAAGAACAGUUAAAUGCAAUAUGCGUGUUUUUGUAUGUACUGUUAAAUUUGAAAAGGGAAAAAAAAAAUCUAUUGACAAAAACCUUUUUCUUGUAGGUUCCCAUUUAAAGAAUACUACCAUUUUUAGCAAUGAAUCUAGUAACCAAUAAAUAAACUGAAUUUGUGUUUUGGGCUGUUA